AUGGGGCCGCCGGGGAAGCAGCGCGGAGUCGGGGUGGCGGGGGACCUGGCGGCACUGGCGGAGCUGGACGAGGCGUCGCUGCUGGGCGCGCUGCGGGACCGCUUCCUGCGGCAGCAGAUCUACACCGACGUGGGGGACAUCCUCAUCGCUGUGAACCCCUUCCAGCCCCUGCAGCUCUACGGGAGAGAGGUCUCCGAGCAGUACCGGUGCCAUGAGAAGGGCACGCUGCCUCCGCACAUCUUCGCCGUGGCCGACCGUGCUUACCAAGCCAUGCUGGGUCGCCGCGGCGCCCGGCCGCAGAGCCAGUGCAUCGUCAUCAGCGGAGAGAGCGGUGCAGGGAAAACAGAGAGUACGAAGCUACUGUUGCAGCACAUAAUGAACCUGUGCAAAGGCAACUCGCAGCUGGAGCAGCAGAUCCUUCAGGUAAACCCAUUGCUUGAAGCUUUUGGCAAUGCCCAGACUGUGAUGAAUGACAACAGCAGCCGCUUUGGAAAAUACAUACAGCUGCGUUUCCAGAACAAUACAGUGCGAGGUGCCAAGCUGAGUGAGUAUCUGCUGGAGAAGUCACGAGUGGUGCAACAAGAUACUGGCGAGAGGAAUUUUCAUAUCUUCUACUACAUGUUUGCUGGACUGUCUUCAGAGCAAAAGGAGAUGUAUGGAUUAUUGGAUCCUUCACUCUAUAGGUACAUAAGCAAAUGGUUUGGUACGGAGGAUGUAUCUCAGCACUGGAAGCAGAAAUACCAGGAGGUGUGCAAUGCCCUUGACAUGGUGGGCUUCCAAGAGCAGGAACAAGUGGAUAUGCAGGCAAUCCUGGCUGGUGUGUUGUCACUGGGCAAUGUGACCUUCGUGCCUCAGGAGAGCAGUGGGUCUCUAAAAGUGAGUGAAAGCUCACAGGGGUGGCUGAAGGCUGCAGCGGGUCAGUUUGGAGUGCAGGAGGAUGAAUUGUUGAAAUGCCUCGUUUGCACAAUGUCAGUGACCCGGGGAGAGCAGAUACAGCGUUUUCACACCCAGCAGCAGGCAGAAGAUGCUCGGGACUCCAUUGCCAAGGUGGCAUAUGGCCGAGUAUUUGGCUGGAUUGUUUGCAAGAUCAAUGAACUGCUGGCUGAGAAUGUGGAUCCUGAAGUAGAGCUGAGGGAGAUAGGUAUCUUGGAUAUUUUUGGGUUUGAAAACUUUGCAGUGAAUCGUUUUGAACAGCUCUGCAUAAAUUUGGCCAAUGAGCAGCUUCAGCACUUCUUCAACCAUCACAUUUUCCAGAUGGAGCAGGAUGCCUAUAGGGCAGAAGAGCUGCCCUGGGAAACCAUCACCUUCAGCAACAAUGAACCUGUUCUGAAUCUGCUCCUGGCCAAGCCACUUGGGCUGCUGUCUCUUCUGGAUGAACAGAGUGCAUUCCCUCAGGCAACUGAUAAGACUUUUGUGGAUAAACUAAACAGCAGUUUUAAAGGGAAUAUAUACUUCCAGCCAGGCCGAGGACGUGUUUUGGGCUUCAGCAUCAUUCACUAUGCUGGGAAGGUACAAUACACUGCUGGUGGCUUUCUAGAGAAGAACAGAGACACGUUGCCAGCCAAUGUCCGUGGGCUCUUCAUCAACAGCAUCACCCCCUUGCUCAGCCUGCUGUUCACUGCCACUAUCUCCAGAACAGGGACACUGAUGCCUCAUAUGAAAACCAAGAUUGUACCAGGAGCAGACAAGUUCAACAGCACACGAAAGCAGUCUGCUGGAGCUCAGUUCCGGCAUUCCCUGAUGGUGCUCAUGGAGAGGAUGUAUUCUGCCAACCCACAUUUCGUGCGCUGUAUAAAGCCUAACAGCCAGAAGCAGCCAGGUGUUGUGGACAGCCAGAUGUUGCUGCAGCAGCUCCGAUACAAUGGACUGCUGGAGACUAUCCGGAUCCGAAGAGAUGGUUUCUCUUGGAGACCAUUGUUUGAGGAAUUUGCUGAAAGAUAUGGAAUUCUUCUAAUUAAACCAGAUGUUUCCUUGACAAAAGGAAGCUGCUUGGAGAUACUGCAAAGUACAGACCUGACGGGCUGGAUAUGCGGAAAGUCACGACUUUUCUUUAAAUACUGGCACCAGGAUCAGCUGGCAAAAUAUGUGGAGCAACUGGAAAGAGCAGCAGUUGUUAUACAGAAAGUUUUCAGGAGAUUCCGAUGCAGGAGAACCUAUCUGAAUCUGGUGGCUGAGCUGAGAGCUCAGGCACAGCGGCAAGAGGAGGAGGCAGAAAGAGAAAGAUGUCAACAACUGGCAAUGGAAGCAGAGGCCCAGAAACGAAUCUCCCUCCCAGUCCCUGUGCCACGGAAGAGACGCCCGCUGCCUUGUCCCCGUCCUCAGACUGCACCUGAUAUGCUGUCGCAGCCACCUGUGCCACGGCCACGCAGCAAGCUAACAGAGUUCACUCCUUUUGAUAACUUCCUGCACCUUUCGGGGCCUUGCCCUGUUAUGGGGGCAGAGGAACAGACAGGAGAAGAGGCAAAAAUGAAACAACUCAAGAGAGGAGCAACUCUCCGCUGGUUCAGAGAGACACAAGCCCAGAAAGUCGUGCAGGAUGAUGGGGCUUUUCCAAGCUGGCUGCAUGGGAUGAUCAGCCGAAGGGAAGCUGAAAACUUGCUGAUUGACAAGCCUUUGGGUUGCUUCCUUGUUCGGAUCAGCCAGAGCCGACCAGGCUACACCCUGACCUACAGAGGUGAAGGCCGCUGCAGGCACUACAUGAUAGAGAUGCAGCCCAAUGCACGCUAUGUGAUCCUGGGGGAAGACCGGGCCCAUGCCUCACUCACUGAACUGGUGCGGUAUCACCAGACUGUGGGCAUCCAGCCCUUCAUGGAGAUACUGACUGUUCCCUGUGGGCAGAAAAGCAGUGAGAGUCUGGAUUAUGAAGCCCUGGAGUGCCUCACACUGACACACUCCUCGAGCACACAGGAGAGCCUUCCCAAGGAGCAGCCCUGUCCUCCAGGACCUCCCACUGGCAAGUCCACUCUGCAGGCAGAAGCAGAUACGAUUCUCAGACCACUAUGGUUCAGGAGGACCAAAAAUUACCAAGAGCAACAGAGCCUGGACAAAGGCAGAAAAAAGCAAAAGUCAACCAAGGAGGGAGACAACCAGCGGGCUUUUCCUCGCCUUCAUUCUUCCAUACACACGGCAAUGCAAGAAAUCCAGAAAUCCUCUUCUGCUUCCUUGAAUGGCUCCUGUACAGAGCUGCAGUAAAGCCCUCCACGUUGAGGAUGUACAGCCUAUGGGACAAGGUCAGAGUGGCUCAGCCACAUCCUCUUCCAGUGUUGCUGAGCCUUGCACAGCUGGGUGAUUAUAUGCAGACAUACAGCAGCCUUUUUUACUGCACGUUUUUUGCUGCACUCUGCUGGGACUUUGCCUUUGGACAGGACUCCUGCAGAAGUGAAUGUUCUUCAACACUUGGAUGGUCUCAGCGGCUGAGACUGCAGUACAUGGACCAUCCAGGCAAAGGGGAUAAGAUGGGAACAGUCACACUCUGCACAGAUUCACAGUGCCUCACGGCCUGUGCAUCAUUACUUUAACAGACCCCCUCACCUGUUAACAGUCACAAACUGGAUAUUGCAAUAAUGUGUUCACUCACAGCUACCUCUACUGAUUUCCUAUCUGUUUCUGUUCAUGUUUUUUCUGUUUUCUGUUUUCUUUUAUGGUUCUAUGUAUCUGCUGCCCUGGGUGCUAAGGGAAGCUGGGCUUGAGUGGUAAGGAAUGAAAGUUCUGCGUCCAUUUUGUUGAAUGCAGCAGUAUUUGAACAUGAACUGACACGAGACCAGAUCUGUGUGCACAUGGAAUUUCCUGCCCACUGUCAUCCUGGCUUGCUGCCUCCCACCCCUCCACCAGAGCACAAGUGAGCUCUUCUUCUGCAAGCAUGGGAAGCAUUACGAGUUUGGGCUGCAGAAUAUGCUUCUUUACACUGAGGGGAAAGAGCUUGGGAAGUUGUAGAGCAGUGCUUCUUGUUAUGUGUUUUCUAUCUUUAAAAAAAAAUCUCUUAAUGUUCUUACAAAAA